AUGACAGAAAAGGGCGAAGGACACAAACGCUCUAAAAGUGCUUUGGCAUUGGCGAUUCUGCAUCGUGAUAAGUCAAAAGACAACCACGAAGAAACUGGCAGUCGCGACAACGGCUCGGCUGACUGUGCCACGUCCCCAGCGAACAACAGCAGCAGCCUGUCGACCUCCGCCAGCCCGACGCACCGAAGCUCCAGUUUCCGAAGGUCGCGCCAAGAGACAACCUCCCCCGCGAUGCCGGCAGAAACCUCAUCGGACCCCAGUGGGUUGAACCAUGGAGGUGACAAUAUCGAGAAGUUACCCUCUCUAACCCAGGAUGGCGGGGCCAUGUCCCUGGAUCAGUCUGUUAAAACCUUCCGACUUUUCGAGGUCCUACGAAGCGGCGACACAACGGCGAUUUCUAAAGCCAUCAAGGAAAGCGAAGAUCCACAAGGUGCGAAUGGACUAUUUGGCACAACGAUCCUCCAUCUAGCGAUUCAGUGUGCGGAACCGCAGGUUGUUGAGUACGUGCUGUCAGCUGGCAACGAUAUUGAUAUCAAUGCGCGGGAUCGAGAAGGCAACACACCUCUUCAUCUUGCUGCACAGCUUAGUCGCGGCCCCAUCAUACGCGAGCUACUGAGCAGGCCUUCAAUCAACGACUCGAUCGUCAAUUACCGUGGACAAACGGCUCUUGAAGGCUCGCGUGCACCCGAGAUCUUCCAGCAGCUGCAGCUCGCUCGCUCGCUUUUUAUUGAUGGGAAAACACAAGAGAUCCAAUCGUUAAUUGCUCAAGGCAGUUAUGACAGGUUAGAGAAGCUGCUGGAGGAGCCUCGUGUCGAAGGGAUUUUGGAUGUUAAUGCUCUGGAUCUUGUUACGGAUCCUGCUACAUUUCAGUCAGGUGGUACCCUCCUCCAUGAAGGCUCUAGAAAAAGAGACACAAAACUUAUCCAAAUCCUUUUGAUGCACGGAGCUGAUCCCUUUCGGCGCGACAAGAAGGGAAAGCUGCCCCAGGAUGUGACGAAAGAUGACAGAACACGAGCGAUACUUAAGAAGUCCCCAGCCGCCGUUAUAGCUCAGCGGGGCAUUCAAGAAAAGGCCAUUCUUGGUACCAGCUCGGGUCAGGGUGUGUCUGGACGACCGGGGGCUGGAGAGGCCUCCUUUGCGGGCAAAGAUUCUAGGGAAAUGAAAGGUUACUUGAAGAAGUGGACGAACUAUACCAGCGGCUAUAAACUACGAUGGUUUGUUCUUGAGGACGGUGUUUUAAGUUAUUAUAAACAUCAGGAUGAUGCGGGCUCCGCCUGCCGUGGUGCAAUCAACAUGAAAAUUGCAAGGCUCAACAUGGAUUCUCAAGACAAGACCCGUUUUGAAAUUUACGGAAAGUCGUCCGUUAAGUACCAUCUCAAAGCAAACCACGUUGUAGAGGCUAAACGUUGGUUCUGGACACUUAAUAACGCGAUCCAAUAUUCAAAGGAUGAAGCCAAGGAGGAAGAAAAGCGCCAAACAAAACACGCUGAAAUUCUGCGCCAGGCAAAGAUUGACCAAGUGGACGGCCGACCUAGUGAGAAUCUCUCCGAAUCCCCAAGCCUCAAAUCUAGUGGAAAGGGGUUAGCGCCAAUGUCUCUCGGUGUUCCAAGUAGCAGUGGCACGAGGCUCAGCACAUACACAUCCCGCACUACUCUAGAAGGUGUGGCCGCUGAUGAUGACGGCUCGCUGUAUGGCUCCCUAGACCAAGGGCCCACUCAGAGUGAUAUCAAUAGGGUGGCCAGUCAUGUUACCACCGCUCCUGACUUAGAAGAUGAUGAUGACGAACAUGUCGAUUAUGCCUCUAGCCGUGAAACGCCACCUACUGAUAAGGAUGCCAUGAAUAUCACUGCACAGUCUGCAAAGCUCCAACUUGAGAUACUCGCCAAUGUUGCAUCGUCACUACAAGCAGAGAAAGCAAGUAAUCCGGCGAUUGCGCUUUCAGAUGAGGCGGUUGAUCAAGCUCUGACCGCAUACGAGGGGGCUGUGAGUAGCCUGAAGGACUUAGUGCAGAAUCUACUGAAAAUUUCUCGGGAUCGCGACUCAUACUGGCAAUAUCGACUGAAUCGAGAGGCCUAUCUACGCAAGAUGUGGGAAGAAAGCAUGGCACGAAUUGCUCAAGAGCACGAUGAAUUACAAUCUAAAAUGGGUGAGUCGGAGGAAAAGAGGCGGCGUACGAAACGAGCGCUUAAGGAGGCGUUGGAGAGCACGUCACCAAGUAUUAGUCGAUCCGCCGUUAAAGCUGCAUCUGGCGAAGUGGGACUCGACGGUGAAGAAGAGCCGAAGACACAGGCUCUGGAAAUCGUGGAGGAUCCCUCGUACCCCGAAGAUCAGGGACACGAGCGGCCGCCGUUGCAUCGCAAAAAGUCCGCCCUAUCAAAAAUUAGCAGUUUGUAUUGCUCGGACGAUGACGAUGACGAGGAAGAUGAAUUUUUCGAUGCAAUCGACUCUGGAGAGAUCGAGGUCGUGGACCGUACAGCUCCUGAGAUAAAUGAGGAGGAAGAGGCAGCGCCUGAGGAGACGAGUAAGCUCCGUGCUGUGAGACGCUCUGAGAUUUCACCGUCGUUCAAAGGAUACGAAGAGCCUGUUAGGGAGAGGCUUAAAAUGGACUAUGACAAUCGACCCAAAAUCUCACUAUGGGGGAUUUUGAAAUCUAUGAUUGGAAAGGACAUGACAAAGAUGACUCUUCCAGUCUCUUUCAACGAACCAACCUCAUUACUUCAACGCGUGGCAGAAGACCUAGAAUACACCGAUCUUCUCGAUGUUGCUGCCGACCAGACUGAUUCAAUGGAGCGACUGGUGUAUGUCGCCGCCUAUGCCGCGAGUGAAUACGCUUCCACCAUCGGACGUGUUGCCAAACCAUUCAAUCCACUCCUGGGCGAGACCUUCGAAUAUGUCAGACCGGACAAGGGCUAUCGGUUUUUCGUUGAGCAGGUCAGCCACCAUCCGCCAAUUGGGGUUGCUCUCGCCGAAUCACCAAAAUGGGAUUACUGGGGAGAAUCGUCCCUCAAAUCUAAAUUCUAUGGGAAAUCCUUCGACAUCAAUCUCCUUGGAACGUGGUUCUUGAAGCUGCGGCCUGCGUCAGGGGGCGAAGAACUAUACACGUGGAAGAAGGUCACGUCAUCAGUUAUCGGAAUAAUCACCGGUAAUCCCACUGUUGACAAUUAUGGUCUGAUGGAGAUCAAGAAUUGGACUACCGGCGAGGUGUGUUAUCUAGACUUCAAGCCUAGGGGCUGGAAAGCGUCAUCAGCGUACCAGGUGUCAGGCAAAGUUGUUGGUCAGGAUGGCUUGCCUAAGUGGAGUAUUGGCGGUCGAUGGAACGACAAAAUCUACGCUCGCCAUACACCAGGAUUCGAAGCACCAGUAUCUGGUCAGGAUCCAGAGUCAGCCAAGACAAUUCUAGUCUGGCAAGCUCAUCCCCGACCAACUGGCAUUCCGUUCAACCUGACACCAUUCGUCAUCACGCUUAAUUCGCUAACUGACAGCCUACAACCACAACUCCCGCCCACUGAUACCCGUCUCCGACCUGAUCAACGGGCAAUGGAGGAGGGCGAAUACGAUUUCGCCGCUACCGAAAAGCAUCGGGUUGAGGAGAAGCAGCGUGCUAAAAGAAGAGAGAGAGAAGCCAAUGGAGAUGAGUAUACCCCUAGGUGGUUUAGUAAAGAUAAGUGUCCGAUUACAGGGGAGGAGUACUGGAAACACACGGGUGAUUAUUGGGGUUGUAGGGCGAGUCAAGAUUGGAGCAAGUGCGAGGACAUCUUUUGA